AUGGCGAGUACGUCUGCGGAGAUCAUCGCCUUCCUGCUGACUAUCUCGGGCUGGGUGCUGGUCUCCUCCACGCUGCCCACCGACUAUUGGAAGGUUUCCACUAUCGAUGGGACGGUCAUCACCACCGCCACCUUCUGGGCCAACCUCUGGAAGACCUGCGUGACCGACUCCACCGGCGUUUCCAACUGCAAGGACUUCCCAUCCAUGCUGGCGCUGGACGGUUACAUCCAAGCCUGCAGAGGACUGAUGAUCUCUGCUGUCUGCCUGGGUUUCUUCGGUGCUGUUUUUGGACUCAUUGGGAUGAAGUGUACAAAAGUUGGAGGCUCUGAUCAGACUAAAGCAAAAAUAGCUUGUUUAGCUGGACUGAUUUUCAUACUCUCUGGGUUGUGCUCUAUGACUAGUUGUUCCCUGUAUGCAAACAGGAUUACGUCUGAAUUCUUUGAUCCUUCUUUUGUUGCACAAAAGUAUGAAUUAGGAGCAGCUUUGUUCAUUGGAUGGGCUGGUGCUUCACUCUGCAUUAUUGGUGGCAGUAUAUUCUGCUUCUCAAUAACUGAAACCAGUAAUUCUCCAAGGAGAGGGUAUGCAUAUAAUGGAGCCACAUCUGUGAUGUCUUCUCGUACAAAGGUCCACAACAGCAUCCCAGACAAAACCCCACCAAAGCAUUUUGACAAGAACGCUUAUGUUUAA